UCCCUGCACGGUCCGCGGCGCGCGCACGAACACCUGUAGCUCCGCGCCGUGAUGCACGUGGGGCUCAUUAUGGGCAUCAGUCCGGCACGGAGUUGACUUUGGUGAACUUUUGGCUCCGAGGGCACCGCUGAACUCCAGGAUUCUGCUGCGCGCGCUCUGAAAGGUAUACAAAUGCUCUCCGUCCAGCCGGACACCAAGCCAAAAGGCUGUGCCGGCUGCAACCGGAAGAUAAAGGACCGCUACCUGCUGAAGGCCCUCGAUAAGUACUGGCACGAGGACUGCCUGAAGUGCGCCUGCUGCGACUGCCGGCUGGGCGAGGUGGGCUCCACGCUCUAUACCAAAGCCAACCUCAUCCUGUGCCGGAGAGACUACCUACGACUGUUUGGUGUAACGGGGAACUGUGCAGCCUGCAGCAAGCUGAUUCCAGCCUUCGAGAUGGUCAUGAGGGCCAAAGAAAACGUCUACCACCUCGACUGCUUUGCCUGCCAGCUCUGCAAUCAGAGGUUUUGUGUGGGAGACAAGUUUUUCCUGAAGAACAACAUGAUCUUGUGCCAGACGGACUACGAGGAGGGCCUGAUGAAGGAAGGCUACGCCCCCCAGGUCCGCUGACCCACGUAGGCCGGCUGGUGGACGAGUGGGACAAGGAGAGACUGAAGGAGAGCUGUCAAUCACACUCCAGAAAGCACGUCCUGUUCCCACAUGUACAUACAUGAGCGUGUCUCCCUGUGACAGGAGGGGGGGCGGGCACCAGACACAACAGCCAUACAGACUGCAGC